GCGGGCAAGGGCCUGCUCGACCAGCGGCGGCUGCGGGAGCCGCAAAGCGGGAGCAGCGGCCACGCGGGAGGGAAAGCGCCGCUGAGGCCGGACGCCAUGGUCAGAGAAAUAAUUCAGAAUUCAAAAGAAGUUCUGAGUUUAUUGCAAAAAGGAAACCCUACCUUUAAGCCAGUACUUGCAAUUGUCCAGGUAGGUGAUGAUAACUGGAUGCAGGAGAUAAACCAGAACUUGGCUGAAGAGGUUGGUCUGAACAUUACUCAUGUUUGCCUGCCUCCUGACAGCAGUGAAGAUGAGAUUAUAGAUGAAAUCUUGAAGCUCAACAACGAUGCUAGAGUUCAUGGUCUCGCUCUUCAGCUUUCCAUCAGCUCAUUUAGCCACAAGAUACUGAAUGCUUUGAAACCAGACAAAGAUGUGGAUGGGGUGACAGAUGUAAACCUGGGAAAGCUGGUACGCGGCGAUGCCCAUGAAUGUUUUGUUUCGCCUACUGCCAGAGCUGCGAUUGAACUUCUUGAGAAAUCAGAUUUCAUCAUAGAUGGGAAGAAGGUGCUGGUGGUAGGGGCCCAUGGACCUUUGGAAGCUGCCCUCCAGUGUCUGUUCCAGAGGAAGGGAGCCAUGACAAUGAUCUGCCCGUGGAAGACUCCUCAGCUUCAAAGCAAGCUUAAUGAGGCUGACAUUGUGGUGAUAGGCUCUCCUAAGCCAGAUGAAAUUCCACUUAGUUGGAUACCACCAGGAACUGCGAUUCUCAAUUGUUCUCACAACUUUCUUUCAGGGAAGCAUGAAUAUGGUGUUCAAUUCGGUGGCCUAACUGUAGAAGAUGAUGUAGGUCUCCUUGCAGCAGCUCUGAGGAUCCAGAAUGUGGUUAACAGUGGGAGGAGGUGGCUUCGGGAGCAGCAGUACAGGAGGUGGAAGCUCCGAAGUUUGAAGCUUCAGCCACUCUCACCAGUACCCAGUGAUAUUGAGAUUUCCAGAGGACAGACUCCAAAAGCUGUUGAUGUCCUUGCCAAGGAGAUAGGAUUGCUUGCAGAUGAAAUUGAAAUCUACGGCCAAAGCAAAGCCAAAGUACGCUUGUCUCUGCUAGAGAGGCUAAAGGAUCAAGCAGAUGGAAAAUACAUCUUAGUUGCUGGGAUCACCCCUACGCCACUGGGAGAAGGCAAAAGCACAGUCACCGUUGGGCUUGUUCAAGCACUGACUGCACACCUGCACAUUAAUUCCUUUGCUUGUCUGAGGCAGCCUUCACAAGGACCUACUUUUGGUGUUAAAGGUGGAGCUGCAGGUGGUGGAUAUGCUCAGGUCAUCCCCAUGGAAGAGUUCAAUCUUCACUUGACUGGUGAUAUUCAUGCUAUUACUGCUGCUAAUAAUUUGCUGGCUGCUGCUAUUGAUGCCCGGAUUUUACAUGAAAGUACUCAGGCAGAUAAGGCGCUGUUUAAUCGAUUGGUGCCAUUAGUCAAUGGUGUGAGAGAGUUUUCAGGCAUUCAGCUCAAACGCUUGAAAAAAUUAGGAAUAAAUAAGACUGAUCCCAGCACACUGACGGAAGAGGAAAUGACCAGAUUUGCACGGCUUGACAUUGACCCAUCUACCAUCACGUGGCAAAGAGUUGUGGACACAAAUGACCGAUUUCUACGAAAAAUAACCGUUGGGCAGGCUAAGACAGAAAAAGGACUUUUUCGUCAGGCCCAGUUUGACAUUGCUGUCGCAAGUGAGAUUAUGGCUGUUUUGGCACUAACGGAUAGCCUGGAAGAUAUGAAAAACCGUCUGGGGAGAAUGGUGGUGGCCAGUGACAAAAAAGGACAACCUGUAACUGCAGAUGAUUUGGGAGUGACUGGAGCUUUGACUGUUUUGAUGAAGGAUGCAAUUAAGCCAACUCUGAUGCAGACCUUAGAGGGAACACCUGUGUUUGUUCAUGCUGGCCCCUUCGCUAACAUUGCUCAUGGCAACUCUUCAGUAUUGGCUGAUAAAAUUGCACUGAAACUGGUUGGUGGAGAAGGUUUUGUGGUCACAGAAGCUGGUUUUGGAGCUGAUAUUGGCAUGGAGAAAUUCUUCAAUAUCAAAUGUAGAGCUUCUGGCUUGGUUCCCAAUGUAGUGGUUCUGGUUGCGACAGUGAGGGCAUUGAAGAUGCAUGGAGGUGGCCCAAGUGUGACUGCUGGUGUCCCUCUUAAGAAAGAAUAUAUGGAAGAGAACCUUCAACUGGUAGCUGAUGGAUGCUGUAACCUUAAGAAGCAGAUUCAGAUUGCACAACUUUUUGGAGUUCCAGUUGUGGUUGCUCUAAAUGUCUUCAAGACCGACACACGUGCUGAGAUUGACUUGGUCUGUGAACUCGCAAAGCAGGCUGGAGCCUUUGAUGCAGUCGCCUGCUAUCACUGGUCAGUUGGUGGCAAAGGUUCAGUGGACUUGGCUCGUGCUGUGAGGGAAGCUGCAAACCGAGGAAGUCACUUCAGAUUCCUCUAUGAUGUCCAGCUUCCCAUUGUUGAAAAAAUAAGAACCAUUGCUCAGAAAGUCUACGGAGCCCAAGAUAUUGAGCUUUCUCCCGAGGCACAAUCUAAAAUAGAGCGUUACACACAACAGGGUUUUGGAAAUUUGCCCAUUUGCAUGGCAAAAACCCACUUAUCUCUUUCUCAUGAGCCUGAGAAGAAAGGGGUCCCAACUGGUUUCAUUUUACCAAUUAAUGAUGUCCGGGCCAGCAUUGGUGCUGGGUUCAUUUACCCAUUGGUUGGAACGAUGAGCACCAUGCCAGGACUACCUACUCGACCAUGCUUUUAUGACAUAGAUCUGGACACUGAAACGGAGCAGGUGAAAGGCUUGUUCUGAACGAACUAGCCGCCAUCAUGGAUUUCUGAAACAGGCCACUGCUUCCCUUUUCACAGCAAUUCAGAAGGAUAAAUGAAUUUUGCAGAAUUUUGUCUGUUACACAGUGCCCAAGCCAUGGUGAAAUAGGCCAAAGAUUUCUUCUACAUUCAAAAUGUCUCAUUUGAAACACAGUGGCAGUGUUCAAGAAAGCCGGACAAAAGAGCAAUUAAUUUAUUUUCUGUUUCUUUAGAAUUAACACUUUUACUCUGCUUACUCUUAAGAAUGUUUGUUUUUAUAAAGACUGAAGGAUUAAAGGGUGUCAGUGCAAAGGUGCAACAUUUUCUUCUAUGGGUGUUUUUAUAUGGUCUUUGAACUGAAAAUAAAUGUGUCAAACAAGAUUAUAACACCAGGUAAAGUUCUACUUUUUAGAAGCAGAAAAUUUUAUGUGCCAUUCAAGAACACACAUGCACAC